AGCUCAUGUGAGCAGUGAAGGCUUCUGCUUCCUGGGUUCUGACCCAGGUGUCAUCCACGUAUCUGUGCCAGUGGCUGAGUGCUUUGUUUUCCUCCAUGUAAAGAACACGUUUGAAGGUGUCUUCUCGCAGCCAUCUCUACUGGAUAUACAGUGGUACCUAGCUGCUGGAAACCACGACCAUAUUGGCAACAUCUCAGCACAGAUGGCUUACUCUAACAUAUCCCACCGAUGGAACUACCCAGCUCUUUAUUACGAUCUCCAGUUUACUGUUCCACACACAAACGUGUCCGUGAGCAUCCUGAUGAUUGAUACUGUGGUGCUCUGUGGAAACACAAAUGACCGGGUCCAGCCUGUGGGACCAGAGGACUCCACGGCAGCAGCAAACCAGUGGAACUGGAUCAGUGCUAAACUGGCCAGCAGCAGGUGA